AUGACGCCGUCACUGAUAUCGCCAACAUUAUUCGGCUUUAGCCUUCUUCCGCUCUUCCUCACCGCCCUUACCUACUUCCGAUACUCCUCCCACGAUCCGGAGUCGAGGCCCAUUGACGUCAAACAGCCCCAAAAAGAGUAUGACUUCAUUGUUGUCGGAAGCGGCUCGGCAGGGGCGGUGGUUGCCAACAGGCUCAGCGAGGAGCAGGGCUGGACUGUGCUGCUCCUGGAGGCUGGCGGAGACGAGUCUGAAAUAUCAGACAUACCGUCCCUAGCAGGCUAUCUCCAGCUCACAGACAUGGACUGGCAGUACCAUACUGAAGUGCCCCAACAGUCCGCAUUCUGCCUCGCCAUGAAUGGGGACCGUUGUUUCUGGCCAAGAGGUAAGGUCCUAGGAGGAUCCAGUGUUCUAAAUGCUAUGAUCUAUGUACGCGGUAAUAGGAACGAUUACGACCUUUGGGAAAGUCUAGGAAACAAAGGCUGGUCGUACAAUAAUAUUUUACCAUUUUUCAAAAAAUCUGAAGACAACAGGAAUCCUUAUUUAGCCAAUUCCACAUAUCAUUCAACGGGUGGUUACCUUACGGUACAAGAAUCGCCAUUCAGGACUCCAUUAUCAUUGGCUUUUGUCAAGGGUGGAGAAGAGUUAGGUUAUCUCAACAGAGAUAUCAAUGCAGAGUCUCAGACAGGAUUUAUGAUCGCACAAGGGACUAUUCGUCGUGGUUCUAGAUGCAGUACGGCCAAAGCAUUUCUCAGACCAGUUAGGCUGCGGAAGAACUUGGAUAUAUCAAUGUAUAGCCAUGCGACAAGAGUGAUAAUGGAUCCGAGAGACAUAAGGGCGGUAGGAGUCGAAUACGUUAGAGACGGUGUCCGAAGGAGGAUCAGGGCAAAGAGAGAAGUGAUACUUUCAGCAGGAGCAAUUAAUUCGCCACAGCUACUUAUGUUAUCAGGUAUUGGCCCCAAGGAGCAUUUAGAAGAGCUAGGAAUACCUGUUCUGAAAGACCUAAAGGUAGGUUUCAAUUUACAGGACCACGUGGGCUUAGGAGGUCUUACAUUCCUGAUCGACGAACCGGUCACCUUCACGAAAAAACGUUACCAGUCUUUUUCAGUAGCAGCAGAUUACAUAAUGCACGAAAGAGGGCCCAUGACUUCUCUAGGAGGUGUAGAGGGAGUAGCAUUCGUCAACACCAAGUACGCACCACCCUCGGGGGAGUGGCCUGACAUCCAAUUUCAUUUUGCACCUAGUUCAGUCAACUCUGAUGGUGAUCAGAUCCGUAAAAUUCUGAACUUAAGGGAUGCAGUUUAUAACACGAUGUACAAACCUCUCGAGUCUGCAGAAACAUGGACAAUCUUGCCAUUAUUGCUUCGUCCAUUAAGUACGGGACGAGUCAAACUGAAGAACCGGGAUCCGAUGGUAGCACCGUUGAUUGAUCCAAACUACUUCACACACAAGCAAGAUAUUCUCACCUUGAUCGAAGGGAUAAGGAUCGCAAUGAAUCUUUCCGACACUCCGGCAUUCCAGAGGUUUCGAUCACGGCCAUUGCUGACAAAGAUGCCAGGCUGUAGGAAAUAUGAGUUCGGAUCGGAUGACUACUGGGAAUGUGCCAUUCGCCAUUUUACAUUCACUAUUUAUCAUCCUGCCUGCACUUGCAAAAUGGGAAUAGAUCCGGAUGCAGUAGUCGAUCCCAGGCUACGAGUACACGGAGUCAAGGGGCUGAGAGUGAUAGACGCUUCCAUUAUGCCAACUAUAGUAAGUGGGAAUCCGAACGCGCCCACGAUAAUGAUAGGAGAGAAAGGGGCACAAAUGAUAAAAGAGGACAACAAAAAUUACCGGAAGAGGUCAACAAAAAGAAAGAGUGGGAGGAAGUAA